UAGUGUAAAAACAUGUAAUAAUAUGAUUUCUUACAUUUUAUUUGUAGAAUUUAUAUUACUUUUACAUCUCCGCCGUUGUUACAGUCAUGUCGAUAGUGCAAAGUUAGAAGAGGAAUGCAAGAUCGCAGACAUCUGUCGUCAUGACCAAGUCCCAGUGUGCGGAAUCGACGACUGCGGGGAGAUAAGAACCUUCAUUGACACAUGCGACAUGCAUGAGUACAAUUGUGAUAGUAGAAAAGACUUUAUUCAAAAACCAGCUCACGAAUGUUGGGUGACUUGUAAACGUGGUAGAAGUUUUAAGAAACCUCUCUACGGUGAAGAUUGUGCAUAA